UUUCCAUCACAACCAACACACGACAUCGCCAACCAUCAUAAGACUUCUCCGCCUCCACGGAAUCGCCUCAUUCUCUUGUCUGUAGAUCAUGCUCUCAUAUCUCUGCAGAUGCAGCCUCAGUCGAAGCGGUUCGACUGAAAGGCUCGCUCAAGUUUCGCUCAACUGUCGCUCGCUUGUCAACAAAUGGUUCAACCACUUUCGAUACUCGUGGUGGUUCAAAGAAGUCUUUGAUACAAAAGUUCCUCAGGGCAGGUCUAUCUACUUCCCUCUCCAACAAGCUGCUACUCGUUGGUAUAAUCACUUGUCAAUCUGCCAACGCCUACUCCCAGCUCCUCCCGUCCCUUUCGACCUUCGGACAUUGGCAGCUAAGAAUUCCCGUCUCGAAUUCCUCAAGUGGGAGGGUGAUAUUGUGAUGAAAAGUUUUUCGAAACUCAUGGUACAACGUUGGAGUUUCAAGUUCGUUCUUUUGUGUGGCACAUAGAAGUCUCCAACUGCUCGCCAACGCGAAUAUUGCCUCACCCAAAUCGGGUUCACCUCCAAUCAGAGAGCGGGUCUGAGGUCAAUCUAUCGACAUCUCCAGUCCCGAGGGCUCAUCAACAAUAGGUUACGUUGCCAUUUAUGAUUCUCUACGUCUCUCAAGUCAUUCGAUCCCGAGCUGACGAGCUGCGCCUGCCGCGAUGGAAUUAAGAUUGAGCCUCAAUCUUAUGGGCUUGUAUCCAUGAGAUAUUCUCCGCAUGGGAUGUAAUCUUCACCGCGUCUCUCGACUCAAUCAUGAAGCCGGUCGCCCAUCUCGCGCCUAAGACAUCGAUUGAUUGGAGUCGCUUCGCGGCGUGGUCAUCCGUGGCUCCGACAAAGUGUUGCUGACCACCAUACCAAAUUUACAUGCUCACUACUUGGUGUGGUAUAUUCUGGGACUCGCCAAACAAUGCAAGCCGUCCCCAUUGACUCUACUAAGCCAAACAGACCAAUAGGAUCAAAUCAUUCAGCUGAGUAGCUCCAACCUUCUGCAACAAACUCUUCCGGUUGAGAGUACAUAUGUUCCAGACGUUUCAGGUAUUUCCAAACUCUGUUGCUCACAAACUUAUCAAGACUCAAUUUAUCCAGAGCUUGAUCCCUGGCCAGGUUAUUUUCUUAAGUAUGAACUUUCUUUGAGUCUAUUCCUUCAAAUGUUUCGCAACUCUUUGCGAUGACUCCAUGGAGAGCGUGGCAAGUCGUUGCUAUAGGCCAUGUGCUGUUUCGACUCCCACCAUGUGAAGCUGCCACAUCGACCUCUUCGAAAGUGUCGCAAGCCACCCCGGCACCUCUUGUUGUUCCUCCAAGUCAAGUUUGGGACGGCAGUGAUGGUCCAUGGUCUUCUUUCUUCCUCCGUGUUGGUUCACCUCCACAAACGGUCAGGGUUCUGUUAUCAACAGCCAGCAACCAGCCUUUGGUUGUACUUCCUGAUGGAUGCUCUUUGGGCGAUCCAUCAGACUGUGCAAAUAGCAGAGGUGGGAUUUACCAGACUAACUUCUCUUCUACAUGGACCCCGAACAAUUUCACGGCAGGCGGAGUUUUUCAUCUCGCCGUUGAAAACAGCAUUGGGCUUUCCGUCGACGUCGCCUAUGGAAGCGAUACUGUUGCCCUAGGUUACGUUGGAAGUGGUGUACCCGCCUUGGACAAUCAAACUGUGGGAGGAGUUACGUCCAAGGACAUCUUCAUGGGGCUCUUUGGAGUCAACCCCGCCGCAACAAAUUUCUCUGCUUCCAGCACUCCCGUGCAAAGCUACAUGGCAAAUCUGAAAGCCCAAAAGCAAAUCCCUUCUCUGUCUUAUGGAUAUACCGCCGGCAACAAAUAUCGGUUCAACACAGUUCUCGCAAGCCUAACGCUUGGAGGAUACGAUGCUUCGCUGUUCCUUGCUAACGAUCUAACAUUUCGUAUCAAUGAUGAAAACAGCUCAGAAUUGGGGGUGAAUGUCAACGCUAUCACUAUUUCAUCACAAAAUGGCGGAAUAAGAGGUCUUAAAUCAUCCGUAUUUCCAGCAAUGAUCGACUCAACGGUACCGUACCUGUACCUCCCAAGCGAGGUUUGCCGACAAUUCGAAGACGCAUUUGGCUUGACUUACGACUACGACUCGGGACUCUAUUUCGUUGAUGAUUCAUUACACAACAAGCUCGUGCAGCAAGCUGCCAAUGUCACGUUUACUCUUACGAACUCGACUUUGGCGGUCGAUGUUGACAUUGUUCUUCCAUACGCAGCUUUCGACCUAGUCGCGAAGUGGCCGUUGGUUCAGAAUACCACCAGAUAUUUUCCUUUGAAAAGAGCAGUCAACAACAGUCAAACCAUACUUGGUAGAGCGUUCCUCCAAGAAGCGUAUCUUAUCGCCGAUUUUGAGCGCUCAAACUUCUCUAUACAUCAAAUGAAAUGGGAUCCGAAUGCAAAGGGCGACAUCCAAGCGAUACUUCCGAUAUCUGCAACCGCAGCACCAGGAAGCAGCCCACGAAAGCUUCCUACUGUCAUCGUCGUGGCUAUAGCCGUGGGAGGGGCGCUCUUCUUUACAGUAUUUGUCAGUUGCGUAAUAAUUAUUCGCCAAAGGUACCAGAAGAUCAAAAGUUUGAGCUCGCCUGCUCCCAAUUCGAAAGCCUCGAGUCAAUCAUUCCAAGAAUCAAUGUCACCAUACUCGGUAUUCAUGUUCAAAAGCGAGCUAGACGCGCGCGAUACACAGCAAGUCAGUCCUGAACUUACUGCUGUGCCAUUCAGAGGCACAUUGAUAAGAGUGCAGACAUUUCACGAGCCAGAAGUGGUCCACGAGCUACCAGUCAGCGAACCGGUUGAACGCGAAGUCGCGGGAUCUCCAGUUGAAGUGAUGCUGCAGCAGACUAGAGCAGCAUUCUAG